AUGUCUGCCCCGACACCGCAACCGAUCCAAGAUAGCGCUAUGGCGACCGACGAGUCGAUGCGCGACGACUCGUCCGCACGCAAGUACAAUAAGACCUCGCAUCUGCAGAAGCGCUCGCAGCAGGAGGCGUACGCCGUCGAUCCUGCAGCAUCAGCUUCCGCAGCCCAGAUUGCUGCCAGCGUAGAGGCAGGCCAGCCUUACGAUCCUGUCGCCGAGUACCGCCGCGGCCGUGCGCUCACUGCAGACAACCUCGAGCGCAUUCCCAACGCAGACCAGCUUGCUCCAGGCAUUCGCCUCCCCGGACGAGUGAUCGAUCCGCACGGUGCGGAUACCGACAUGCAGACCUCGUCGGAUGCCGAUGAGGGCGCACAGAGCCUCGAGACCGGUCACACGAGCGUCGGCGCGUUUGGUGAAGGCGGAGCGCCGGUUCCAGGCGUGCCUCCCGAGCUCGACCCACGAACGCCGUCGUUCCGACCGCACAGUCCAGGCGAGGCGUCGGUGUUCUCGGUGGCAGUGCAGCCUCCAGCUUCACCCAAGGCGAGCAUUCUCGAAGCUUCCGAGCCCGCCAGUCCGUUUGUCGAGUCUACACCGUCUCGGAGCGCCACCGACAGGUACGGCGUCCCCGUGAGCAGCGCCUCGGCUACCGCAGGCUCAUCAUCCUACUCGGUAUCGGCUCGCGGCUCUUCUCCACCACUCUCCGCCGGCUACUCGGCUUCCGAGGCUUUCAACUCGGCCAUGAGGCUCGGACCGGGGCCGAGCAUGCUGGGUCGCAACGUCGCCAGCGUGGCACCGUCGGAAGCGGGCAGUGUCUCAUCGACUGGAACUGGCGGUGGACCAGGUAGCGCGGGUACUGCCGACGAUCAGGAGGUGGCGUUGCGUGCGGCGUAUAUCGAGCGACAGAGGAUGCGCGAACGCGAACUCAUGGGUGGCGAGGCCGGCGUGGGCGGUACUACGAUCCCCACAUUCGCACUGCCUGCGCGCGGCACCACCCCGCUCGCCUUUGCACCGGGGCUGUCGGCACGACUCGGGGGUGGAGCGACAGGCAGUCCUGCGUUUGACAAUGUCAGCAGGGCAGGAAGCACCGCAGCGACCACGGGCACCAGCACGCCUCCGCUCAGUCCGACGGGCAGCGAGAUCCCCUAUGCGGUCGCUUCGCCCUCGCGCCGUGGCAGCGUCGACAGCACCGAGACGCUCGGCAGCAUGCGCGCACCGCCCAGCGUCCAGGGCUUCGAGCUCGGCAGCGGCAUCGAGUCGAGACGCAUGAGCCGCGGCGGCUCCUCGGCCGGAUUUGCUGAUGCCGCCUACGACACCGGACGCCGCGGCAGCGAAGGCGCCUUCAUCUCCAACGCCAUGGAUGAGGACGUGCAGGAAUCGGCGCCGGCACCGUCGCUGCACACCGAACCCGAAGCGCUCUGA